AUGUCUCGAGCGAUUCUCAUUACCGGUGCAACCGGAAAACAAGGCGGCGCCGUCCUUGAUGCUCUCCUGAGGCACAAGUCAUCAGACCUUCUUCUUCUCGCAGUUACACGAAAUGCCCAAUCAGCAUCUGCAAGACGCAUCGCUGCCAAGUCCCCGUCUAUCAGAAUUGUCGAGGGCGAUCUCGACGCGGCCCCGACUCUUUUCGCCUCUGCCAAGGCAUCAGCUGGGACCGUACCACUUUGGGGCGUCUUUUCCGUCCAAGCAAUGGCAGACCGGAAAUCAGACGAAGAGACCCAGCAAGGAAAAGCCAUGAUUGAUGAAUCCAUCAAGGCUGGAGUACAGCACUUCGUCUACAGCAGCGUCGAACGUGGUGGUGACGAGCAUUCAUGGAACAAUCCUACUCAUGUACCACACUUCAUAACCAAACAUCGGAUCGAACACCACCUACGCGAUUCUACCGCGGAUAACAAAAGCGCCAUGGGCUGGACGAUUCUACGUCCCGUCAUCUUCAUGGAUAACCUAGCACCAGGGUUCUUCGGCAAAGUGUUCCUUACGAUGAUUCGCGACGUCAUGGGGCAGAAACCCCUGCAGUGGAUCGCCACCAAGGAUAUCGGCUUCUUCGCGGCUGAGGCUUUCCGUAACUCAACUACCUGGAACAAAAAGGCCAUAGGACUGGCGGGUGACGAACUCACCUUCUCACAGUUAAGCCAGACGUUUAAGACUGUCACGGGCGAACCUGUUGGGACAACAUUUGGAGUGCUAGGCAAAGCGUUGAAGCACGGAGUCCAGGAGGUGGGCAUCAUGGUGGACUGGUUCAAGGAAGAAGGCUACAAGGCCAACAUGGCAGAGAACAAGAGGAUCCAUCCUGAUGUAAUGAGCAUGGAGAAAUGGCUGAAGGAAAGUGCAUUUGUCAAGAAACAAUGA